GACACAAAUGCAUACAAUCACUUUGACGUGCUGAAGUUGCCGUCGUCAUCCAGAUGCGACAACAUAGGCAGGAAGACGGAUUUCUUUAACAGGGCCUAUUUCUGAAAAGUGAACCAUGGCGGGUAGUUUUUAUUUUGUCAUGGUUGGUCAUCAUGACAAUCCUGUCUUUGAGAUGGAAUUCUUACCUGCUGGUAAAACUGAGUCAAAGGAUGACCACCGCCACUUGAACCAAUUCAUUGCACAUGCAGCACUUGACCUAGUGGAUGAAAACAUGUGGCUGUCGAACAAUAUGUACUUGAAAACUGUGGACAAAUUCAAUGAGUGGUUUGUGUCUGCCUUUGUCACUGCAGGACAUAUGAGAUUCAUCAUGCUUCAUGAUGUCCGGCAGGAGGAUGGCAUUAAGAACUUCUUUAAUGAUGUGUAUGAUUUAUACAUCAAAUUUGCGAUGAAUCCUUUCUAUGAAACCAAUGCUCCAAUUCGUUCCACAGCAUUCGACAGAAAAGUUCAAUUCCUUGGAAAGAAGCACCUUCUAAGCUGAUCAGAUAACCUAAUUAACUGAUUUAUUCUUUCCUAUAUUGGUUGUGUCCAAUUUGUUAUAAUAUAUUUUCUUUUUACUGAGACAUGUAUUUAGUUAAUUCUCAUAAAUGAAUGACGAUAACAUUUUACUGUAUUAUAUUGUUUGAAUACAUUGCCUAUUACUGUAUAUAAGCAUUAUUGUUGAAUUGGAUAGGCUAACUGAAAUUGAUUACAAUGGCAUAUUUUGCUGUAGACUUUUCCUGAUCGAAUGACAUGUCAGAUUCCAAACUAUGGAUAAAACAACUGGAAUAGUU